AAGAAUGAGGGGUACAAAUUCUCAUUGGAGGUGAGAGUGAACGCUGUGUCAGACGCAAAAGUUUUGCACGUACGAAACAGUACAUCAAACAGAGUUGCUGCCUGACCUACCUUUACCCUUAAGGGUUCCCUCCUCUGAUCAGGUGACUAUGUGUCAUUCAUCAUGGUUAAUGAGGUUCCCACUCCCAUCCUCAAGAGCAGAUGCUAAGCUCUGUGUCUGGCUCAGGCUGCCAGCUCAUCACUCCCCUGCAGCCACAGGUCAACUUAAUCAAGUUUCACCGGAACACCCUGGAAUCAGUUACAAGGUAGAGAAUAAAUUAAAGAUGCUCACUAAAAAGAAGAAAAAAAAAGAACGUGUCAAAGAGCAGAGGGGGAAACCGAAGAUGCAGAUGACGACGACUCGGAGGAUCAGGAACCCGAGCCAAGGAAGAAAAGUAAGCAGGCAAGUGAAUCAAAGAACACUGGAAGAUUGAAGAAGUUUGAGGAAGGCGAUGAAGACGGUUACACAAGGCAUGACGUGAGGAGCACAGAGAAGAGAGGAAAAGAGACGGGAGAGGCAUAAACUACAGAGGAGAGCGGGGAUGAGUAGGACUACAAAGAAAACGAUAAUGAGACCCUGGGUGGAAGGAAAGGAGAAAAACUCCCUGAUGUAAUCGAGACGACCAAAGAAGUUCUCUGUCAAAGUGAAAAUGGGAUCAAAGAGCAAAAACAAAAAAGGUGGCGAUCAGGAUGAGGACGAUGGGAAAAAGAAAAAGAAAGACAAGAAGAAAAAAGGCUCAGGGAGAGAUGACAGCGAUGAAGACACAAAGAAGACAAAAGGGAAGAAGAAAAAGAUUGAAAACUAUGUUGAAAUCUACGAAAACGAGCUGCGCAACUACGAGCCGGAGCUACAGGAGAACUACGAGGACGAAUACCACAAAAAAAAAGUGUAUGAGGUGGUGACGAUUACGGGGGAUGAGAGAGGAGCGGGUACUGACGCCAACGUCUUCGUCACUCUGUUCGGAGAGUACGGCAUCACACCCAAAAUCCACCUGGCCAGCAACACAGAGAAGAAGAGUCGAACCGCUUUUGAAAGAUCCAAAACCGAUGUGUUCAGGAUUCGAACUCACAACGUUGGACACAUAAAAAAAAUUAGGAUUGAGCAUGACAACACGGGCAUGAGCGCCAGCUGGUUCCUGGACCGUGUGGUCAUCACGGAUGUCAUUCGCCCUCAUCUUAGGUUCUACUUUGCUUGCAACAACUGGCUCAGCAAAGAGGAGGGAGAUGGCCUUUAUGCCAGAGACCUGCUGGCCAGCAUGGACCAAAUGGACAUGCCCAAAUAUAAUAAAUACAUCGUUAGCGUUUUUACUGCGGAUAUGAAAGGAAGUGGAACCGAUGCGGAUGUCUUCAUCAAUAUUUUUGGCGAAUUUGGGGACACAGGGGAGAGGUGCCUUGACAGUGACAAAAAUAACUUUGAAAAGGACUCAGAGGACAAGUUUACCAUUGAGGCGCCAAACUUGGGUAAAAUUAGGAAGAUCACCAUCGGCCAUAACAACAAAGGUUCCUCAGCAGGAUGGUUUGUAGAGAAGGUGAUUUUGGAUGACAUGGGAAACAAAGUAGUGUAUGAAUUCCCCAUCAAUCGCUGGUUUGCCCUGGAUGAAGAUGACGGGAAGAUUCAGAGGGACAUUUUGGUGGGAGCAGACCAGCCGACAGGUAUCGUCUACAACGUUCAGAUUGUGACGGGAAACAUCCGAGGCGCAGGAACCAACUCUAAAAUUCACAUAGUGAUGCACGGUACGAAAGGCAUGAAGAACAGUGGAAAGGUAUUUCUGGAAGGAGGGAAGUUUGAGCGUGGACUGACAGACAUAUUUAACGUUGAGAUUGCCGCGCUCCUCAGUCCUCUCAGCAGAGUUACGAUUGGACAUGACAAUGACGGGGUUAGCGCCGGGUGGUACUGCGAGAAGGUUGUUGUGUACUGUCCUUUCACGGGGAUAGAGCAGACCUUCCCGUGCGGCAAAUGGCUGGAUGAGAAGGAGGGGGACGGCCUGAUUGAAAGAGAGCUGUACGAGAUGGUCUCUCUCAGGCACAGGAGGCAGAAAAAGCAUCCCUGGUCCUUGUGGAUUUGGACUACAGACAUGCCCAAUGCCGGCACCGACGCAGACAUCUCUUUUCAGGUUUACGGAGAAAAGAACAAGUCGGAUGAGAUCAGGCUGGACAACAAGUCUGACAACUUUGAACAGGGCCAAAUUGACAAGUUUAUGGUUGAGCUUCCAGAUUUGGGAAAAUUGACCAAACUUCGAAUCUGGCAUGAGAAAAUAAAUCCUUUUGCAGGAUGGCAUCUGAGCAAGGUUACUUUGAUGAAGACAUUAACAAAGGAGAAGUACACGUUUCCAUGCGAGCGGUGGCUGGACAUUAACGAAGACGACAAUGAAGUUGUGAGGGAGCUUCCAGCCUGCGGAGACCUGAUAGCUGAGCCACUUCCCGUGAUUAAAUACCGGCUGACAGUCUGCACGGGGGAUGUCAGCGGCAGCGGCACGGAUGCGUCUAUUUUCAUCAACUUGAUCGGAGACCAGGGGGAUACGGGGGAGCGGCAGCUGAUCAACUGCAAGAAUAAUGUCAACAAGUUUGAGAAAGGAAACAUGGACGAGUUUAUAGUCGAGGCGGUGACCAUCAGGCGGAUCCGCAGGUUGAGGAUCGGACAUGACGGGAAAGGCGGCGGCUGCGGCUGGUUUCUUGACAAAGUGAUUGUGAGAGAAGAAGGAAAGGCGGAGGCUCACGCUGUAGAGUUUCCCUGCAACCGGUGGCUGGACCGCAACGAGGACGAUGGACAGAUCACCAGAGAACUAGUGCCGUUCGUAGAUGGGCAGCGUCUGUACAACAUCGGCUAUCAGAUCACGGUGAAGACGGGCGACAUUCCUGGAGGAAGCUCAGACUCCAACGUGUUUGUCAAGCUUUACGGAGAAAAAGGCGACACCAACAAGAUGAUGCUGGUGGUUUCCACCAACAACUUGGGGAACUACUUUGAGACGGGCCGUGUUGACAUCUUCACAGUGGAAACCUUUGAUAUUGGACAGAUAAACCGUCUGAUGAUUGGUCACACUAAUAAAGGGAUGCGUGCUGGUUGGUUCCUGGACAGCGUUCAGAUCAUGGUUCCGGUCCACGGGAAGAAUUACAUGUUUCCCAGUCACCGCUGGCUUUGCAAAGACGAGGCUGAUGGGAAAACGGAGGUGGAGAUUUAUCCCAGUGAGAUCCUGGAGAUGGAGCAAUUGAUGAACUAUGAGGUAACCGUAGUAACAGGAGAUGUGAUGUUUGCCGGCACCAACGCCAGAGUGUUCAUCCAGAUCUACGGGGAGAAAGGCAAAACGGAAACCAUCACUCUUGAGAACAGAUCCAACAACUUUGAGCGCAACACGACUGAAAUAUUUAAGUUUGAGGCCAAAGACGUGGGAAAGAUCUUCAAAAUACGCAUUGGUCAUGAUGGCUCAGGGAUCGGAUCUGGCUGGUUCCUGGAGUCAGUCGACGUUAAGCACCUGAUUUUGGCUCUGGUGCCCAAAGAAAAGAAAAAGGACGACAAGAAGAAGAAGAAGAAAAAGAAGAAAGACGAAGAGGACGAGGAUGAAGAUGGAGGAGAGGAGAUGCAGGAGGUGGUGUUCACGUACCAUUUUCCCUGCUCACGCUGGCUGAGCAGCGGUGAGGAGGACGGAGAGCUGGUGGUGGAGCUGCUGCCGGAGGACGCAGACGAGGAUCUGGAAGUCAACACCUAUGAAGUGUGUGUCUUCACGGGUGACAUGAUGGGAGCUGGGACAGAUGCCAACGUCUAUAUUAAUAUUUAUGGGGAAAACGGAGACACUGGUGAGCGCCUCCUGAGUAACUCUGACAACCUCAACAAAUUUGAGAGAGGGCAGGAAGACGUUUUCAUCGUGACAGCUAUUGAUUUGCUCACCUUGAAGAAGUUGCGAAUCCGACAUGACAACACUAAGCCUCACUCAUCCUGGUACCUGGAUCGUGUUGAGAUAGUGGACACAAAGGAAGAUGUAACGUAUUACUUCCCUUGUAACCGCUGGCUCGCAGUGGAUGAGGAUGACGGGCAGAUAGCAAGAGAGCUAGUUCCUGUUGAUGAGGCCUUCAUGAGGCAGGAUGAAGAUGAGGAGGGAACUAGCGCCACUUUGGGACUGGAGCAGAAAUCCAUGUCCACCACCUACACUCUCAAAAUAAAAACUGGGGAAAAGAAAUAUGCUGGAACCGACGCCAACGUUUUUGCCAUCCUGUUCGGUGAAAAAGACGACACAGGGCUCAUCAACCUGAAGUCUUGUAAAAACUACAAGAACAAGUUUGAACAGGGGAUGAUCAACGAGUUCAUCGUGGAGGCAGUGGACCUGGGCGACCUGGAGAAGCUCCGGAUUGGACACGACAACUCAGGAGGUUCAUCCGGUUGGUUCCUGGACUGGGUUGAGGUGGACGCCCCGUCUCAGGGACAGAGACUACGUUUCCCAUGUGGCCGCUGGUUGGAUCCAGGAGAGGAUGACGGUGCCAUCGUGAGGGAUCUCUAUCCCGCUGACUUACAGACUGAAGUUUACACUCCAUUCGUGCCUUAUGAGAUCAAAAUAUUCACCAGUGAUGUGUUUGCUGCGGGGACAGACGCUGACGUGUUCAUCGUCCUGUACGGACAAAACGGGAUGUGCACACUGCAGAAGCACCUGUGUGUAAACAAGAGAGAGCGACGGCUUUACUUUGAGAGAGGAGCAGAGGACAUGUUUAUUGUGGAGCUGGAGGACAUCGGUGAUGUGAUAGAGAAAAUCAGGAUAGGACAUGACAACAGAGGCACCAACCCAGGGUGGCAUCUUGACAGGGUGGAGAUCAGGCGACAGCUCCGCAAAGGAAAGGGUUCAGAGACCACGAUAUUUCCAUGCGAACGCUGGCUGGCCAAGUCUGAAGAUGAUGGAGAGACGGUGAGGGAGCUGGUCGCCUCUGACAUCAUCACCCAGAAGCUCCUCCGGGACGGGACACUAAAGACGACCGAAAUGGAGGUGGAGGAUGCUCUGGAGACUCACGGAUACAAGGUGUCGGUGCGGACAGGUGACAUGUACGGAGCGGGAACUGACGCCAACGUUUUUCUCACCAUCUACGGAGACCUGGGAGACACCGGGGAACGCAAACUCGCCAAAUCUGAGAACAACAAGAACAAGUUCGAGAGAGGAGAGGUGGACAGGUUUACAAUUGAGGCUGUGGACCUGGGUCAGGUGUUUAAGAUUCGGAUUCGUCAUGACAACACGAUGGUGGGAGCCGAUUGGUACCUGGACCAGGUGGAGGUGCAGGAUGAGGACACGGAGGAAGUUUACAUGUUCGUGUGUGAGCGCUGGCUGUCGACAAAGAAAGAGGACAAACGGAUAGACAGGAUCUUCUACGUCAAGGGGUAUGAAGGUGAAAGGAAUACAGAUCCAUAUUUUAUGAAGAUGGCCCAGUCCAAACAAGGACUCGAUAAAAACGCCAAUAAGAAGAAAAAGAAGAAAAAGGCUACAGUGGCCGAAGAAGGUCCAAUCAUCCCUUAUCACUUCACGGUGUCCACUGGAGAGGACCGGGACGGCAGCACCACAGCCAGGGUUUAUGUCAUCGUCAUCGGGCCGAACGACGCCGAGACAGACCGUCUGUGGCUGGACCUGGCAGAAGGGAAGAAAUGCUUCGCGGCUGGUGGCAUGGAGCACUUCGUGUGCUACGGAGCUGACGUAGGAGAGAUCAAGAGGGUGGAACUCGGCCAUAACGGAGUUACACCAGAGAGCUGCUGGCUGGUGGAUGAGCUGUCGGUUGCUGUGCCAACCAAAGGUAUCAAGUACAUCUUCCCAUGUAAAUGCUGGCUGGCUAAAGACAGGGGAGACGGUUUGACUGUCAGACUGUUGAACGUGCUGGACUCCAGCACCAUCAACAUUAUCCGCAAAGUUAUUUAUUCAGUCUCGGUUGUCACAGGAGACACUCAGUAUGCAGGGACGGAUACGAACAUUUUCCUGACUGUGUACGGGGCCAACGGGAGCACAGAGGAAAUGUUGCUGCCGAAGAACGGGGAUAGGUUUGAACGUGACCAAGAAGACACGUUCACCCUGGAGAUAGAUGACAUCGCUCCUCUGAAGAAGAUCAGAGUUCGGAUCGAUGGCACUGGGAGCCGCCCAGACUGGUUUCUGGACAGGAUCCUCAUGCGGAACCUGACCACCGAGGAAGAGUAUCUGUUCACUUAUGAGAACUGGCUGUCCAACACUAAAGGGCCGAAAAGGACAAAAGUGUGUGAGCUGCCGGCAGUGGUGGACGACGAGGAGAUGGUGGAAAAAACAACCUACAUCAUCCAAGUUCAGACCAGCGACGUCGGAGGCGGCGGCACCGACGCCAACGUGUUUUUGAUUGUGUUUGGGGAGUACGGCGACACCGGGAUGCUGCCGCUGAAGGAGAGCACCAACAGGAACAAGUUUGAGCGGAAGAUGAAGGACGUCUUUCGGUUUCCUGACAUGCUCAGUCUGGGGGAGCUCUCCAAAGUCCGAGUGUGGCAUGACAACAAAGGCCCGGCACCCGGGUGGCAUUUAGAGUACAUCGACGUGAAAGACGAGGCCAUGGACCAGACCUUCAGGUUCCCCUGCGACCGCUGGCUGGCUAAAAAUGAAGACGACGGGCAAAUUAUUAGGGAGCUGGCUUGUGCCAACAAUGACUCAAUAGACCUCAGCGAUAAAACCAAAUAUGAAAUCGUCACCAUUACUGCUAACACCGACAACGCCUCAACCUCAGAAAACGCCUGGAUCGUGUUGGAGGGAAGGAAAGCUCGAUCCAAGGAGUUUGUUCUGGAGAAUAAGAAAAAGAAGUUUUUAAGCGGUGCCACUGACACGUUUGAGUUCUCGUCCAAACACUUGGGGGAAAUCGCUGGGAUCUGCCUCGGCCACAUAACAAAAGAUGGGAAGAAGGUGAAGAAAGAAGUCUUCUGGCACGUUUUGGAGGUGGUAGUGACAGAAAAGGAGAUGGGAAACAAGUAUUUCUUUCACUGUGACGCACAAAUCCUUCUGGCGGCCAAAAAGGACCAGUUCCAGACAUUUGAGUGCUAUAAAUCCGUUGAAAGCUUUGCGAGCAAAGUUCGCAAACUGGUUCCCGUCAAGUACGAAAUCAUCGUCAUCACCGGGGACGUGAAAGGGGCUGGAACGGACGCAAACGUUUUCAUCACUAUCUACGGAGUCAACGGCGACUCGGGCAGGCGUCAGCUCAGGCAGAAGUCCCGCAACCUCUUCGAGCGAGGGCAGACGGACCGGUUCGUCGUGGAGAUGCUCGACCUUGGGGAGCUGCUGAGGGUCAAGGUGGAGCACGAUGGGAACAACUCGAACUGCGGGUGGUUUUUAGAGUGUGUUGAGAUAACCAACACGGCUAACUCAGUCACAACCAUCUUCCUGUGUGGAAAGUGGCUGGAUGCUAACAAGGCUGAUGGGCAGAUACACAGAGUGCUUUAUCCAAGAUACUAGGAGGUAAAAACAAGGGGUACGUUUUUUAUUUACCUCAUUUACUCCUAUUUUUUUACAUGAUGUUUAUUAUGAAAAAGGUCAAAGUAACUCUGUGCCAAUUGUUGAGGCUUGAUCGCUUCAAACUUAAGGAAAAGCCAUAAAAAAGAAAUGAAUAUCAAAGUAAACAAACACAAAAAACAUUUAAUUCAUACUUUUAUUUCUGUCAUCUGCUUUUUUUGUCUUCACAUUGAAGUUGCUGCACAGAAGCAGAAUUAUACGCACUCCAGCACGAACUGAGAAAUACUGUAAACAGGGGGGAAAUAAUAGUUGUUUUUUGUAAAUAUUAUCAAAAGUGAAGUGUCAGGUUUCUGAUUUUAACUUAACUUGUUCUGUAGGGGCCGAUUCUGCGCUUUAAGCUCUUUAAACUCAUCCUAAACUGAGCCAAAUGUACGAUUCACAGACUCAAGAUGAGCUUAAAAGUUUACAGUGUUCCCAAUGGACGUUCCUUAGAAACUCAAAAGCUUAAAAUCCAGCGACAAAUUAAGGAAAUAUUAUGUCAUUAUAUAUGUACACUUUACUUUUGGGGAAUCCCUAAUAAAAUAAUUGAAUCACCUAAUAGUUACAAAACUAUUUCAACUCAGGUUUUCCCUCUGUGCAUUAUAAGCCUGGCGGGUCCAUCAGGAUUUACUUGUGCCCCCACCAGGCUUAGUAUUGUUAAUUUAUUUUAGUUUUUUUUUUUUUUUUUAAAUGAUUGCCUUUUUUAAAGAGUUUGUAGUUGGUGUUUCGGUAUUAAUCUUGCAGUCUUCCAAUAACGCAUAACUAUCAAGUGAUAUUUUCACAUUUCCUGUCAAUGUUAAACACGUUUUACCUCAAAAACAUGGCGGGCAGCUGGAUGAAUGACUCCCUUAGCACCACGAGCACCAGGCUUAGCAAGCUUUUGGGGGAAACCCUGCAAUUUUAAUAACAAUAACAAUGUUUUUUUUUUUUUUGUAUGUGUGUUUUUUAUUUUUAAGAUUUGAUUUACAAUUCACAAAAAAGCUGUGUCAAAAAUUGACACAAUCAGAUAAAAGUCCCGACUUAAAUCUGAUAGUUAGAAGAAACAUGUUGGUAAAUUUAAAAUAUUACUUCUAAUUUUGGGCUUCUGUGGAUUUUUUUUUUUUUUUAAUAACUGAACAGCCAAAAAAUAAACAAAUAACAAACACCACAUGUUUGAUUAGUUGUCAGCAUUUUAGGCAGUUUAUUUGAAAAACACAUACAAAAAGAUCAUAUACAAGACAAUAAAUAAAAAAGAGACAGAACAGUUUGGGUUAAGCUAUGCAACUUUUUGCAUCAUCAUUAGUAAUAAAUACAGUACAAAAUCCACCCAGAGUGAAUCUAAAGAUUUUCCACAAUAUUCACUGAUCAUGUUAUUCUUCAUUAAGAUUUAGCUAUUGCUUUCGUAUUAUUGAUACAUACUUCUACAUUUCUAUAAAAUACUCAAGAUCAUAAAACAUUGCGCGGUUACAGCAAAACAGCAGUGUGUUGUACAAAGAUGGCCACUUCCCUUUUUCACUGGCAGGUUAAAAAUCAACAUUUUUCUCAGCAGCAAAGAAACAUCUGAAAUAUUCAAGAAGGUACAGCAUCAUAUUAAACACGUCUACAGAGCUACUCCCACAUACACAUAGGAAAACCUGAGAAGGACAUGCAUUAAAAAGCUUGUGCUUUGAGUUCUACUGUUCAUUCCGGUUCAUCAGCUUGAGUUAAUACUAUGGCUACUGUCCAGUUCAGCCUGGAGUUACCGGGGUACGCGGUGGAGGGCACAGGGUAAGGCCAGUGAGAGCACGAAAUGAAAUUAUAGUAAGACCAGUCAGCUUCAUUCCAAUCCAAUACAUGUUAGAAUAAUUUGCAGGAUUAGUAGAGUAUUAAUAAGAAAUGCACACCGAAAAACGCAGUUAGCUUAUCAUACCAAGGUGUGAAACAUCUAUAUUGUAAAACCACAGUAACACCAGAAGUUUGCUCAAAAGAUCAAUGGCUCAAGGUAGCAUGUAAGAGAAGUCCCAUAAAUCCCACACGAAGCAACUCCUAGCAAUAUGUAGCAACAGAUAAUUCAACUGAUGUGGUUUCUAAAUCAUGAUUACUAAAGCGACAUGUUGAUAUGAGGGAUAUGAUCAUUAAAGGAUCUAGUAAAAUAUCACAGAUUAUUAUGAGCAAAACAAAAGCAAGCUAUAAGACAAACAGGGUUGCACCCUGACACCUGUGGUAGAUGGAAGCAGGAGUGAUAUUAAAAUAAAUAGAAAGUUUAAACAUUCAGCGAUUAAAUCAAUAAAUGACAUAAAUGGAAUGUAAUCUAGAUCAACAGCACCAUGCUGGUUAGUCCCUCAGUCACCUUUUCUAAUUUUCUUCCUUUGAAAAACAAAACACAGACGGCAUGCACAAGCAUCCCCACCAACCAAUGCAUAAUGAGGUAUUUUUUUUAUAUAUUUUGUGUUAUUUUAAAUAAAUAUAUUGAUUAAAUUGCAAAGUUAUGAGACAGAGACAUUAAAUAUUCCACCACAAUAGCUAGCUAGCUACAGUUAGUAAUAAAUAAUGAUUGUUAAAUACUUAAGGCAUCUUUAAUCACAGCAUUCUAUGUGGACUAGCAAAACCUCCAUUUUCAUGUAUUUGUAAUUUCUUUUUUUUUUUUUUUUUGGAUGGAGGUUACAUAUGUAAAUAAAAUAAAAUAAAAAUGCAACACAAACAGUCAAGUUACCUUCCAAUAGUACACAAGGAAGCAUGAAAAUACUUGGAACUGAAAGAAAACACAAAACCUCGGACGAGAAGUACCCACACCACCAAACCAAAAUAUCAGGCAACGCCAUAUUAUAGUGCAUUUACAAAACACAAGCUACAUUAGAACGACAAUAAAUAUGUUUUUUUGCAGCAUUGCAGCUUCUUUUUCACGAUGGUUAAAAUGGACAAGGUUUUGGCGUAUUAGUACCAUGUCCCGAUUGGCAGGUGAGCAAAGAAAAAAACAAAUAAAACAUACAAUUAAA